GGCCCCGGGUGUCUCCUGGCAUGCCCCAUCCCGUGGCGGGGUGCGCGGCCACCGGCCCUCGGGAGAACUUGGGCGGCCCAGGGCGGCCCCGGGGACGAGUGGCCCCGUUUGUGCAGCGGUUGUGAGCAAGAUGCGGUAGCACGUGACCCGGGAACACGAACCCUGAUGCCGGUUCCCCGCUACCCGAGCGCCCUUUUCUCUGACACUUAGCCCCAAGCACGUGCAUCGCAGGAUGAAUGAAAUGAACCUGAGCCCAGUGGGGAUGGAGCAGCUGACUUCAUCUUCUGUGAGCAAUGCUUUGCCGGUCUCAGGAAGUCACCUGGGGUUGGCUGCCUCACCCACUCACAGUGCCAUCCCUGCCCCAGGCCUACCAGUUGCAAUUCCAAACCUGGGUCCCUCCCUGAGCUCUCUGCCUUCCGCUUUGUCUCUGAUGCUCCCAAUGGGUAUUGGGGAUCGAGGAGUGAUGUGUGGGUUACCUGAAAGGAACUACACCCUACCUCCACCACCUUACCCUCACCUGGAGAGCAGUUACUUCAGAACCAUUCUACCUGGCAUUUUAUCUUAUUUAGCUGACAGACCACCUCCUCAGUAUAUCCACCCCAACUCUAUAAAUGUUGAUGGUAAUACAGCAUUAUCUAUUGCCAAUAACCCUUCAGCACUAGAUCCCUAUCAGUCCAAUGGAAAUGUUGGAUUAGAACCAGGCAUUGUUUCAAUAGACUCUCGCUCUGUGAACACACAUGGUGCCCCAAGUCUUCAUCCCAGUGAUGGCCAUGAGGUGGCCUUGGACACAACAAUCACUAUGGAAAAUGUUUCUAGGGUUACCAGCCCAAUCUCUACAGAUGGAAUGGCAGAAGAGCUUACAAUGGAUGGUGUUGCAGGCGAGCAUUCCCAAAUCCCAAAUGGCUCCAGAAGUCAUGAACCUCUGUCUGUGGAUCCUGUGAGCAACAACCUUGCAGCAGACACUGUAGGACAUGGUGGUGUGAUACCCAUUCAUGGGAAUGGCUUGGAGCUCCCUGUAGUCAUGGAGACAGACCACAUUGCAAGUCGAGUCAACGGGAUGUCUGACAGUGCCCUCAGUGACUCCAUCCACACCGUGGCCAUGAGCACCAACUCUGUAAGCGUGGCACUCUCUACCUCACACAACCUCGCCUCUCUAGAAUCUGUUUCCCUCCAUGAAGUUGGCCUCAGCCUAGAACCUGUGGCUGUCUCCUCCAUCACCCAGGAGGUUGCUAUGGGAACAGGUCAUGUAGAUGUAUCUUCAGACAGUCUUUCUUUUGUACCACCUUCACUGCAAAUGGAAGACUCCAAUUCAAACAAGGAAAACAUGGCAACCUUGUUUACAAUUUGGUGCACUCUUUGUGACCGAGCCUAUCCCUCAGACUGCCCUGAUCAUGGACCAGUGACUUUUGUUCCGGACACUCCGAUAGAAAGCAGAGCGAGGCUUUCUCUCCCAAAGCAGCUUGUUCUCCGCCAGUCAAUUGUGGGAGCAGAAGUUGGUGUAUGGACUGGAGAAACCAUUCCUGUGCGAACUUGCUUUGGGCCUCUAAUUGGCCAGCAAAGUCACUCCAUGGAAGUGGCAGAAUGGACAGACAAGGCAGUCAACCAUAUCUGGAAGAUAUACCACAGUGGUGUCCUAGAAUUCUGCAUCAUUACAACAGAUGAAAAUGAAUGUAAUUGGAUGAUGUUUGUGCGCAAAGCCAGGAACCGGGAAGAACAGAAUUUGGUGGCUUAUCCUCAUGAUGGAAAAAUCUAUUUCUGCACUUCACAAGAUAUCCCUCCUGAAAACGAACUGCUUUUUUAUUACAGCCGGGAUUAUGCUCAGCAGAUUGGUGUUCCUGAACACCCAGACGUGCACCUGUGUAACUGUGGCAAGGAGUGCAAUUCCUAUACAGAAUUCAAAGCCCAUCUGACAAGCCACAUCCAUAACCAUCUUCCUAGCCAGGGCCACAGCAGCAGCCAUGGGCCAAGCCACAGCAAAGAAAGGAAGUGGAAGUGCUCGAUGUGCCCCCAAGCUUUUAUCUCUCCUUCCAAACUCCAUGUCCACUUUAUGGGUCACAUGGGCAUGAAGCCCCACAAGUGUGAUUUCUGUAGCAAGGCUUUUAGUGAUCCCAGCAACCUGCGGACCCACCUCAAGAUACAUACAGGUCAGAAGAACUACAGAUGUACUUUGUGUGACAAGUCUUUCACCCAGAAAGCUCACCUAGAGUCCCACAUGGUUAUCCACACAGGCGAGAAGAAUCUUAAGUGUGAUUACUGUGACAAGUUGUUUAUGCGGAGACAGGACCUUAAGCAGCAUGUGCUCAUCCACACACAAGAACGCCAGAUCAAGUGUCCCAAGUGUGAUAAGCUGUUCCUUAGAACAAAUCACUUAAAGAAGCAUCUCAAUUCUCAUGAAGGAAAACGGGAUUAUGUCUGUGAAAAAUGUUCAAAGGCUUAUCUAACCAAAUAUCAUCUCACCCGCCACCUGAAAACCUGCAAAGGGCCCACCUCCAGUUCACCUGCACAGGAGGAGGAAGAAGAGGAUGACUCAGAGGAGGAAGAUCUAGCAGACUCUGUAGGGACAGAAGACUGUAGGAUUAACAGUGCUGUGUAUUCAGCAGAUGAGUCUCUCUCUGCACAUAAAUAAAAGAAAAAGAAGCGAACUAUUUUGGAUGGAAAAUACAAAGGGGAAAACACACAUAACCAGUUAUUUAGUACAAUGGUUUUUAUAUAGUGGUUUCUGAUUUCUUUCCAACCAAUAGUCAGACUGAGUGGGAAUGGAUAAAGCACUUCAAGAAGAGUAACCUAAUGAAAACACUUUAUAACAUAUUGGGAAAAGAGAGCAUGUGCCCUAUUUUUAAGUGAUGGAUGAGAAGGAAAGUGACAGCUUUUGAGGUCUGUUCUUUAUUUACAUGAUAAUCUGGGAGAUGCAUUUAUGUCUGAAUCAAAACUGCCUUCUGCCCAAACAAAUCAGAUUUAUUUAAAAUUCUUCCAUUAUUCCAUUUUCGUCUCAGCCUUGUGACUUGGUAACACUUUAAACUUGGUCCCUGCCCCACAGUCAUCCUGAUUACUGAUUGUGUUUUAUGCAAACUGUUAUGACUUAGACUCAUCCCAAAAUGGAUUGGAACACAGUAGUGUGUUACUUAGACUGCAGCUAACAAGUUUAAAGCAGCACCUGCCUUAACCUCUCCUGGCUCCUUGGGAGUUUAGGGUAGAUCUUGCUUCCCAAAUUUUCAGCAGAUGCUUAGAGCGCAAAUAAAAAAGGAGCAAUCAGUCAGUAGGCAGUGAUGGAGAGAAGAAAAGAAGGAAAGAUGCCUGGCUACUGUCGAAGAAACUGGAUUUGAUGAGAGCUAGGAUGAGUCACGUGGUUAUUGUUACAUAGAGAUCUUUGUAGGUUUAGACAUGUCUUUCUCUGUCUCCAGUAAAGCCUCCAGCCAUUCAGACAAAAAGGACCUGGAGGCGUGGAGAGCCCAAAUAAUGCCUGCUGGAUUAUUUCCUGACAAUAAAUACAUGUGGAUUCACCUGAAAAGUGGUACAUCAGCCCAUGAAAGGGAAGGCAGGGAAUCUUUUUUGUUUGGUUUACCCUAUGGAAAGUAUCAAGACACCAUUAAGAUGUUGCCAACCCAAAGCAACAAGUGACUCCAAAGGCAUUGGUGCAUUUGCGAGGUUAGACCUUUCCAGUUGUCUCUGAACUGAAGGACCUCACUGGGUAAGCAUGGAGAAUGCCAAAGGAUUCAGAAGGCAAAGGAGGCUUAAUGGUUACCAUGUGGCCUUUUUUCAGGGUCCCAGCUUGCGUUGUCCAUCCACCCAGUCUUUGUGUCUCACUUGCAUAUCCAGCUUUUAGCAAGGAGCAGGCACAUGCUUAAGUCAACAGGGUUGGUGGAACAUGCUCUCUUCCUCAGAGGUACAACCUCUGGGCUGGAGUACAGGACCCUGGUGGGAAGGUUUUGCUGCUAAUGUAUUUAUGGAAUGAAUAUGUUUCAUUCAAAUCUGUAUUCCUCUAGGAAGGAUUAAAAUAAAAACUUUUUUAAAAUAUGGGA